GGACGAACUAUUAACCAAACCGAAGCAGCUGCCAGAAAAGUACCUCCUUCCGCCAACUCCGCCUAUUAUAUUACCGAUGCAGAUCAUGUUGGCUCCCCUCCAGAAAAGAUUCAAAUACCAUUUCACGGGGAACCGGCAAACCAACGUCUUGACCAAGCCCGAGUGGUAUCUUACGCAAGUACUGAUGUGGAUUGGAAAUCACGUUUCGUUUCUGGAAGGCAAAGUUCAGCCCAUAUUGGAUAAAGCCGGAACUUCGGUGAACGCCAGGUUGGAGUUUUCCCGCGCUCUGGUGACGCUCAUCCUGGAGAAGCUGGACGCCGAGAUCCCUUGCAUGCUGUACGACGACAACCUCUUCUGCCACCUGGUGGACGAGAUCCUCCUCUUCGAAAGAGAACUGCACGGCGUUCACGGUUAUCUCGGCAGCCUCCCCAGCUGCAUGCACAUUUUGUCAGAAGAAACCUACUUUCAGAGGUGGUUAACCUUGCUCUUCAGAAGAUGGACUCCAUGCUUUCGUCGGAAACUGCAUGGGUCUCCCAGUACAAAGACAUCACUGAUGUAGAUGAGAUGAAAGUUCCAGACUGCGCAGAAACGUUUAUGACUCUGCUUCUGGUGAUCACCGAUAGAUACAAGCACCUUCCUACAGCAGCCAGAAAACUGUGGUUCCUGGAAUUGCAGAAAGAGCUGGCGGACGACUUUCGAAUCCGGCUCACUCAAGUCAUGAAGGAAGAAACCAGAACGCCCCUGGCCUUCCGAUACUGCGCGAUCCUAAACGCGGUCAACUACAUUGCCACCGUACUAGCGGACUGGGCUGACAAUGUUUUUUUCUUACAGCUUCAGCAGGCUGCGCUGGAAUUGUCCGCCGAAAGCGACACGCUAAGCAAGCUGCAGUUGGGACAGCUGGCUUCGCUGGAGAGCUCCGUGUUCGACGAAAUGAUCCACCUCCUGGAACGGUUGAAGCACGAUAUGCUCACUCGCCAAGUCGGUCAUGUCUUCAAGGAGGUCAAAGAGGAGGCCAAGAUAUACAAAAGGGAAAGGUGGCUCUCCUUGCCUUCCCAGGCCGAACAAGCCGUGAUGUCCUUAUCGAGCAGCGCCUGUCCCUUGCUCCUGACCUUGAGGGACCGGCUCCUUCAGUUAGAGCAGCAGCUUUGUUACACCUUGUUCAAAAUCUUCUGGCAAAUGCUCGCGGAGCAAGUCGACUUGUUCAUCUAUCAGGAGGUCAUUCUAGCCAAUCACUUCAACGAAGGUGGAGCAGCCCAACUCCAGUUCGACAUGACCCGGAAUCUUUUCCCUCUGUUUUCCCAUUACUGCAAACGGCCGGAGAAUUAUUUCAAACACAUCAAAGAGGCUUGCAUUGUACUGAACCUAAACAUCGGAUCAGCCCUGCUGUUGAAGGACGUGCUCCAAUCAGACACCGAAACCAGAAGCGGAAUCGCCUUUGGUUCAAAACAACCCACUGCCGUGGCGGCGUUAAAUGAACUUGGAAUUUAUAAGUUGGCUCCAAAGGAUGUUGAGAUCCUCCUUAAUUUGAGGACAAAUUGGCCUAACACUGGCAGAUAAUCAGGAUAAACAAAAUGGAGAGACACUAAUUAUUAUUAUUUAGAAAUUACCACUCGUUCUCACGUGAUGUUGAAUAUAUUGCCUUGGAAAGAAAAAAAAUGCAUUAAAAACACUGAAAAUUAUACAUAUACAUACAUACUUACAUACAUACAU